UCUUCUCUUCCUCGACUGCCCCUUUGAGAAAAGCAAAUCAACUCUCUCCGACAAUGGCAAUUACACUGCGAAAUUGCGUAUUCACUCUGCACACAACCUCUCUUCGUCAACCCUCACUUCGGCCAUGUCCGAAUGCCCCACUCUUCUUGCUCUCUAUCAACCUUUCGCCGCCCACCCACCACGGCCGAAGCUUCCAUGCCUCCACUUCCAAAACCGCGAGCCCAGCAGCUUCAGACUCGGCCCGGAUCAUCCAGAAAGUUUUCUGCAUCCCACCUGGGGUCGAUCAGGUCGAGGUCUACGAAGACAUGGUGCUUCCCGGGUCGAACGUCAUCGCCGGACCCUACGUUGGUCAUGCCCAGAUUAAGGAAGUGGAGUUGGUGAAGAGCAGUGGGAGGGCCAAGGACUGUCCCAAAGUUGGGAGGCCCGAGUUUGCCAUUCUGGGUCGGUCUAAGGUGUGCAAGCCUUCGCUUAUCAAUACUCUGGUUCUGAAGAAGGAAGCUGCAGUCACAUCCAAGAAACCAGGUAAGACUCAGCUUAUAAAUCACUUCUUGGUGAACAAGAGUUGGUACAUUGUGGAUUUCCUUAAAUUUCUCAUCUAUGUGGCAGCUUAUAAAUGCAAAAAAAUCGCAGAAUGUGAGCUAAUAUGUAAGUUUUGUUUCUUAGAAUGCUGCAACUAA